GUGUUCCAGUCUUCUUCCAAAUUUCCAAUAACGGAGCCUAAAUACUUUUUCCUUCUUCAUUGUUGUUAAAGAUGCAGGGUGAGGGAAUUAGGUGCUUGAAACUAUUCCAUGCUUCAAUAUUUGUGGUGCUAAUUUUGUUACAACGUUGCAACCAUUCCCUAUCCCUUGAAUUCAAUAAUACUUUUUCAGGAGUAGUUGGCCUCAGAGAUAUUGCUAAGGUGCCGAAGCUGAUCAGGUGCAUACCAAGGGAAAGGGAAGCACUCCUUGCUUUUAAAGAAGGCCUCGCGCAUACCAACAAUAACCUCUCUUCUUGGGGAAGCGAAGCCCGAAAACAAGAUUGUUGUGCAUCAUGGGAAGGAGUCUACUGCGACAAAUAUACCGGCCACGUUGUCAAACUUGAUUUACAUGGAAGACUUUCUCUUGGUGGUCGAUUAUCAAGUCAGGUUGGAAACCUUACCCACUUGCAAUAUCUCGAUCUCAGUUUCAAUGAAUUUGCUAGUGUUGAAAGUUUCAAUUUGUGGCUUCCUCGCCUUUCUUCUUUAACUUAUUUGGACCUGAGUACUAGCAAUCUCAGUGAUGCUUAUGACUGGCUGGAAGCAAUUAAUAAGCUGCCUAAACUUACAAACUUGUCAUUGGCUGGAUGUGGUCUUCCUUCUCCUCUUAUUCAUUCCAGUACUCUUUUUAACAUAAAUUCUUCAAAAUCUCUUGCUCAUGUUGACCUCCGUUUCAACCAACUUACUUCUUCAAUAUUUGUCAUUGGCUGGUUGUCAAACUACAAUGCCAGCCUUGUUCAUCUUGACCUCUCUUACAACCGAUUAAUUGGUUCAAUUCCCCAUGUUUUAGGAAACAUGAGCUCUCUUGUUCAUCUUGACCUUUGUUCUAACCAAUUAGUUGGUUCAAUUCCCAAUGUUUUUGGAAACAUGAGCUCUCUUGUUAAUCUCCAUCUCUGUGACAACCAAAUUAAAGGAGAGAUUCCACCAUCUUUUUCUAGGUUAUGUAAUCUACAAGAAUUGAGCCUUUCCAACAACAAUUUUAGUGGUCAGCUUUCCUGGUUGGAUCAAAUAUUAAUGUCUACAUGUCCUAAUCAGAACUCAUUCAAGAUUCUGGACCUCUCAAGCAAUCAUCUUUCUGGAUCAAUUCCUAAUCUCACAAACUUUUCAUUGUUGAAAGCAUUAAUUCUCUCUGAAAAUCAAUUGAGUGGAACAAUACCCGAAAUCAUUGGGCAAAUGUCUGAGCUCGAGAUUAUUUUGCUUAGUAUGAAUGCUUUGGAAGGGGUGGUUUCUGAAGGCCAUUUUUCUAAACUCUCCAGAUUAACAAUUUUGGGUUUAUCCUCUAACUCACUAGCUUUAAGCUUCAAUUCUAAUUGGGUUCCUCCUUUCCAAUUGGAUUACAUAUCAUUGGCAUUUUGUAAGAUGGGUCCACAUUUUCCAAAAUGGCUUCAAACUCAGAAAAAUUAUUACACCCUUGAUUUAUCUAGUACAGGAAUUUCUGAUAUCCUUCCAAGUUGGUUUUGGGAAAGACUGUCUCAUGAUGACGUCAUUGACCAUAUAUCUCUCUCUAACAACCGAAUUGGAGGAAUAAUUCCAAAUUCAAGUUUUGAGUUUCCCUCAAUUUACCCUCCUAGAGUGAAUUUGAGUUGGAACCAAUUGGAAGGUCCAAUCCCUCCAUUCUUUUCCAAAGCGUCAUCUCUCGAUCUCUCCAACAAUAUGCUUUCAGGGUUAACUUCUUUCUUGUGUCCAAACAAUGCAAGUACUGUAAGCUUUCUUGAUCUCUCAAGCAACAAUUUCUACGAACAACUUCCGAAUUGUUGGAUGCAUUUUGGAAAACUAGCCUUUCUAGAUUUGAGUGACAAUGCUCUUUUUGGGAAAAUUCCCACCACAAUGGGCUCUUUAGUUUCAAUUCAAACACUGAAGAUAACCAACAAUGGAUUUGUGGGAGAAUUGCCUUCAUCCUUGAAGAAUUGCACAAGCCUCGUAUUCUUUGAUGUUGGAGAAAAUAACUUAUCAGGAAUGAUACCUGAAUGGUUAGGGGUUGGACUUCCAAAUUUGGCUAUCCUUAUCCUCCGUUCUAAUCACUUCUACGGAAGCAUUCCAUUGCAGUUAUGUAAUCUGAAGGACAUUCAAAUUCUAGAUCUGUCGAUAAACAAUAUCUCUGGAAGUAUACCCAAAUGCAUCAACAAUUUUACUAAUUUGGCUGAAAUGGGUAAUUCAAGUCUAACUGUCUUGCAUAAGUAUGCAAUAGUGAAUGAUUACUCAGCUUUUUAUGUUGACGAGGCAUCCUUGAUAUGGAAUGGAAUAAUGUCCAAAUACGAGAGUACUUUGGGGCUUGUCAAAAGCAUUCAUUUUUCAAGCAAUCAAUUAACUGGAGCGAUUCCUAAUGAAAUCACUGAUCUUGUUGGAUUGGUUUCUUUAAACUUGUCAAGAAACAACUUAACAGGUCAAAUAACUCCAAAUAUCGGGAAGUUGCAGUCUUUAGAUUUGCUUGAUUUGUCACACAACGAAAUAGAUGGUACAAUUCCGACGAGUCUUCUUGGAAUAUCUGGCCUUGGUAAAUUGGACUUGUCCAACAAUAACUUGUCUGGAAAAAUUCCCAUGGGGUCUCGGCUCCAAACCUACGAGCCCUAUGUUUUUGCCGAAAAUCCUCUCCUUUGUGGAAUUCCACUUGAAAGGAUAUGUUCUCCUGAGCAAACAACUCCGAAUGAGCAACCGGCGGUUGAGAAUCAAGAUGAAGAUAAUGACGGGUUUAUAACGCCGGGAUUUUACAUGAGUUUGGGGCUUGGAUUUGUAGUUGGAUUCUGGGGAGUUUGUGGGAGUUUGAUUUUCAACAAGUCAUGGAGAUACACAUACUUGAAGUUCUUGAAUGGUUUAAAUGAUUGGCUUUAUGUUAGGGUGACAUUGAUCAGGCGACAAAGAAUGCUCGAUGAAUAAACUUUUGUUCAUUGUCCUGUCUGGUACGACGUGCUAACGUUUUGGAUUUCGGUUGGAGAAAGAGAUUGAAGAAGAUUUACAGAUGUACAGAUUGAAAAGCUCAACUGUUACUUGUAAGAAUAAGAUGAAAUUUCUCCAAGUUCAUAAGAGGGAGAUGUAUUUGUCACAUUGUCCUAUUGUAAUUUUGCAUAUGAUUUUCAAUCUUUUCGAAAUUGUUAUUAAGUAAUGGAUAAGUAGAGAGUAGACUGUGUUCCAAACUGAUAAAUCAAGAUUUAAGAUUUAAUUUUCAAGA